AGCCUGGUAGCGCAUUUGGUUUGGGACCAAAGGGUCGGGAGUUCAAAUCUCUCCGCCCCGAUGUUAGUACGAUUGUAAAAACGCUGCAAUAUAAGAGCAAUCUCCAUCAGUAAGCAAGUAGCUGACACUGGAAUGACAUCAUUUACCAUGUAAAUUGUGGCAUAUUAUAUUUUAAUGCUCAAGUUUAUAAAAUAAUUGACAAUGUUAAUUUUCUAAUUUAUAAAUAGAUUUUGAAAUGAUUACCGAAGGAGGUAUAGAGUUUGAUAGAAGUAUCAGUCCAUUAUGGUGAUGUAGACAGAGCUCUUCCAGUAUUGAAAAAAACAAUUCAAAAGGAAGGAAGAGGGUUGAAAAUGAAAAAACAAUAUCAUGAAAAAAAAUCAGAAAAAAGAGCUAAAAAGAAAGCUGAAGCUAAAAAAAAGAGGUACCAACAAGAGUGCAGAAGGCAGCGUUAUGGUUGGUAGUUUGUACUCAAGUUAAUAGUUUAUCAUUGGUUAUUUUAUGAAUAUUCACGAAUAUCAAGCGAAAGAAGUUUUACAUAAAUUUAAUGUCUCAGUGCCAAAAGGUUUUGUUGCUACAUCUGCGGAAGAAGUAAAGACUCAAGUAAGUCAAUUAAAAUCUGACGUGUUUGUAGUUAAAGCUCAAAUUCAUGCAGGUGGUAGGGGUAAAGCCGGUGGCGUAAAGCUAGCAAAGUCAGCUGAAGAAGCUCAACAGUUUGUAAAGGACAUGAUUGGUAUGACUUUAGUUACUCAUCAAACAGGGCCAAGCGGGCAGCAAGUAAGAAAAGUGUACGUUGAAGAAGGCUCAAGCAUUAAGAAAGAGUAUUAUUUAAGCCUGGUAAUCGACCCGAAGCUCAGUAGGCCAAUAUUCAUAUUUUCCUCAGAAGGUGGAAUGGACAUUGAAGAAGUGGCGAAAAAUUCUCCCGCAAAAAUUGUGAAAUUUGAUAUUGAUUCUGCUACAAGUUUUGAUAGCAGCAAGUUAAGCAGCAGUUUUCAUUUGAGUCCAGAACAAAUAGAAAAAAUAACAAAUGUUGCAAAAAAUAUAUAUGAUGCGUUUAUUGCAACUGAUGCGAGCCAAAUUGAAAUUAAUCCACUGGUUGAAACAAGUUCUGGAGAUUUUAUUGCGCUCGAUGCGAAAAUUAAUUUCGAUGAUAAUGCUUUAUAUCGUCACCCAGAAAUUAUGGAACUUCGUGAUUAUGAUGAAGAAGUGAAAGAAGAGAUAGAGGCUUCAAAGUAUGGGCUCAGUUACAUCAAAAUGGAUGGCAGUAUUGGUUGCAUGGUAAAUGGUGCAGGUCUUGCUAUGGCAACAAUGGAUAUAAUAAAAUACUACGGAGCAGAGCCUGCUAACUUUUUGGAUGUUGGUGGUGGAGCGAGUAAAGAAACUGUAACUGAAGCAUUUAAAAUCAUAUUGUCUGAUAGCAACGUAAAAGGAAUUCUGGUUAACAUAUUUGGUGGUAUAAUGCGUUGCGAUAUUAUCGCAAGUGGAAUUGUUGCGGCUGCAAAAGAAAUGAGCAUUAAAGUUCCUCUAGUGGUUAGAUUAUCAGGUACUAAUUUUGAAGAAGGAAAAAAAAUCUUAGAAGAGUCAGGAUUAAAUAUUAUUGCUGCAGAUGAACUGGGUGAUGCUGCACAAAAGAUAGUAAAAGAGGUAAAAUAA